CAUAUAAAUAUGUGGGAUAUAAGAAUGCCAAAUCAGUUCGGCAUAAAACUGUGAUUGUUAAAAGAUACCGUCGCAAUAAUAAACGGGUAAACGUAAUAAGAAGAGCGACCAUGAGACGUACUUUGAUUAUUUUAGUGUCGGUGGCAGUGAAUUUGUGUUUAAAUACCGUCACUAAUGCCCACGUAAUAGCAAAAGCUGGUGCAGCGGCCGGAUCCUAUGCCCAAUCCGGGUCAAAUGCUGGUUCAUAUUCAGGUGCUACAGCCCAUGCUGAAGCUCAUGCUAGUGCUGUAGCCGGAUCUGCUCUCAAUUCGGGAGCGUAUUAUGGAGAACAACAUGGAGGUACCUCAGCCCAGUCGAUUAGUAAAACAGGAGCGUUAACUCAGUACGGUUCUACAUCUAAUUCUGCAGCCCUAAGUGGUUGCCUCGCAUGCAGACAGCAACAGUUUCCCGGACCAAAUGGCAGCAUCCACGACUACAAACUCGCGUCUGCAGUGGCAGCACCUCCCCACGGAACCGUUUCAGCCGCUCAGGCCUCAGCUACGGCAACUUCCAAUUAUCAGCACCCAACUCCACCCGUAAGCAACUUACCAGGAGCCCCUGGAGCUAUUUACAGCAGCAACCCAACAGUCACUGCGACACAAUCAGCUUCCUCACAAUCCUCCGGUUCUAAUACUGCUUAUGUUCAAACAGUAGUAGGUCAGUUGUCUCCCGGUUUGGUUGCUAGCUUCCCAGGACCCUCGGGUAGUAUUCACGAUAGCAAACCGGCUACAGCAAUUGCCGGAGCUUCCGCUUCUUCUGGAUCCAAUGUCCACGUAGCCCAACCACAUCCACAACCUGCCGUCGCCGUUCCAGUAGCACCAGCGCUGGUGCCCAACCCUCAAUUGUCUCAAAUUAUUCCAGUGUUGCCCGGCCAACCCGGCAGUAUUUAUAACAGUAAACCAGUUGCGGGUGGUUCUCAACAUGUGAAAGAAAUUGCUUCCGAGUCAUCCUCGGAAUACCAUGGUCAAUCAGGCUCAGCACUACCUAAUCCUCAGUUGCCCCAAUUAAUUCCAGUUUUACCCGGUCAACCUGGUAGUAUCUAUAACAGUAAACCAGUUGCGGCUGGUUCUCAACAUAUUAAGGAAAUUGCUUCUGGAUCAGCCUCUGAAUACCACGAUCAAUCAGGAUCGAUCACCAACAUACCGGAUCACGUGAAAUCUGAUACCAGUUGUCAAUACGUUCCGGGAGCGGUUGCCGGUAAAUGUGGAACUAAUGAUCAAAUACACGUGGAUCAUUCUGGAUCUAGUUACCAAUUAGCUCAGCCUCAUGCACAAGCAACACCUGUUUUAGUACCUGUACAACCUAACCCUCAAUUAUCUCAAAUAUUUCCUAUUCACAGUAAUAAACCAUCAGUGUUAGUUGGCUCGCAGAGUGUUAAUGCAGCAGCAGCUUCUCAAGCCACUUCCUCUGGAUACCACGACGAAUCCGGAUCGAUUACCAAUAUUCCAGCGCAUAUUAAAGCGGGAUCAUCCUCCUGCAGAUACGUUCCUGGAUUGGCCGGUAACAGCUGUGGAUCCAGUGGUCAAUUAAAUAUUGACAACGGUAUAAAUAGUGAUGUUGGAAGUAGUGGUGCUGCUAACAAAGGUGUUUCUGCUCCAUCCGUUCAUCCAGAGACUCCAUUAUCUGGCACAUAUUACAUCAAUAAACCGUCAACUGAUUUGGAGGCACCGAUAAAGUCAAGCUUCUCCGGUCAAAUUCCUUGUGCCGGUGGUAGCUCUUGCAUUCAAACUAAUCAGGGAUUAAACACGCAUGAUGCCGCACAUCUUUCCGGGGGAAUAGUUUUCCAAAACGAAGACGGUUCCUAUCACGGUAACAAUAAGGCUGGUUAUAAGAAUUCAGAAAAUGGCCAUUAUGCAGUAAGCACCAAAAGCGAAGAUAAUAAAGGAGUCUUGAUUGGUCCUGGAACCGGUCAUUUGCCCAUCGAAAACUCAAAACCGUUCGGUACUCAAGGGGCAUUCGGUGGUUCAGCGGCAUUUUCAAAAAGCAACGCUGCCGCUGCUUCAAAUAACCACCAAACAACAAGCGAAAAUCUCAAUAAUGAACAUAAACCGUUCGGCACUCAAGGAGCUUUUGGUGGGUCAACAGCUUACUCCAAAAGUGACGCCUCGGCUAAUGGACAACAGUCGUCAGUAGGUCAUCAACAACCAUUGGGAAACCAAGGGGCCUAUUUGGGGGAUAAGUCGGGAUCGUAUAGCGGCCAUGGAACGUUUGGAGUAUCAAAAGCUGGCUCUGCUUCCGGAAGUGGAGCUGCCCUAGCAGUUGCAAAAGCCGGUUCGGCUGUUUCCAAUGAAGUUCACUCGCCUACUGCCGGUCAGCUCAUUGACGUAAGAGAUAACGGAGUUUACGGAUUGUCCGGUAGUUUUUUGAAGAGUUCUUCUAGUUCACAGAGUUACUCAAGUGCCAGUGCCAGUUCAAGCGCAGUGUCAUACUCCGGUACAUUUUAAAUAGAUUAGGCUCGUUAAGUAUCAUUUAAUUUUGAAAUCAUGUGAUAGCUUUUAAAUCUAUUUUUGCCAAUAAAUUUAGUUUUUAUAUUGA